AUGUUUUCUCGUGCUCGUAAACCAUCAUCAUCAUUAUCAUCAUCGACAAUUAGUAGUAAUACAACAUUUUCAUCGGAUAAUUUUUAUAUACGUACUCGAUCAACACCGCGACCAGUGAUUUUACGUCAUUUAAAUGUAUGUGAUCUCGAUGGCAUCAAUUCAACGGAUUUUAUUUAUCAACGUCAGAUGCAACGAGAACCGUUUCGUAUUCCAAGACCAAUUCUUACUAUACCACGACCAACAAUACACCUACCAACAGAUGAUUCAUUCUGGGCACCCACUUCACGACCAAUACGUGCUCAUCAAUCAUCUUCGUCAUCAAGUCCAUUCUCAAUAUCAUGUUAUUCUCAACGGCCAAUCUAUCAAAAUUUACUACUAGAACCGUUACAUACUCAUCUACCUUCUCCUCAACCUCCACCUCCUCUUCCGCCACCGAUUCCUAUACAAUAUCAAACUGGUCCGCCUCCUUUUCAACGAUAUACACGAAUUCCUAUUGUUCACCCUAUCAAACAAAAAAAAUAUUCAUGUGAAAGACCUCCGGGUUUAUUUACAACUCUAUGCGCCGGUGGUUUAAAUACUGUUGCAGCAUUUAUUUAUUUAUGCUUCCUUCUUGCUCUACCUAUUACCAAACUUGUACUAGGUAUUCUUUAUGUAAAUGAAUGUCCUGUAAAUAAGAAUAUUCCAUUGUAUAUGAUUAUCUCUGGUGCUUGUGGUUUAGCUAUUGUUGUUUUAAUUUUUUUUACAUCGGCUUGUACAUAUUGUCGAUCGAUGUUGAAUGCACGAAAACAAACUCAUGGUUUUAUCAUAUUUAUUAUUGCAUUUACUCGUGCAGUACGUGGUGCUCUAGCAAUAUUUCUUUUCAUUUGGUUUUUAUUCGGUAAUAUUUGGGUAUUUAAUGCAAGAUAUCGUGUUCGAACAGAUAAACCAAAUGAUACAAAUAAUUAUUGUCAUGCAACACUCUAUUGGUUUGCAUUUUAUGUUUUAAUUUUUACUUAUGUCUAUGCAAUUUGCACUUGCUUUCUUAAGUUUUGCGUGAACUUUUUUUGUUGUGGUAUAUGUGAUGGAUUUUAUAAAGCAUUUUCAUAG